AUGACCAAUCCACGCUUAACUAUCAACCGCGCUCUCGUAUAUGAGAGGCGACUGCCCGGCGAUGCUUAUAUCACUGCGUAUGUCCAGCGCCUUCAGCAUGGCUAUUACUCUAGCGACGCCGUCUCAGAUGAGGAUGCCGAACACGUAGACUUUCUUGCCCUUGCAUUCACCUUUCAUUCGCCGCACACUACCACGCACCGCAUCAAGUCUGCCACUAUUAGUGUAUCAGUUCAUGGAAACCGUGAUCUUUCAAGUUCGAAGUCGAACCCCUCUAAACAUCGGCCUGGGGACCCACGCUUCCUUAUGCAUGCGCCGCACCUUAUCUACGGUACUGUUUCCCCCGAGACCAUGGAGUGGACAUUCAGUCUGGCUGGGUCCCUCGGAAUCUCAGAACUUCCUGUCAGCGCAAGCGUCAUCCCCUCGGGGAGCUUCAACGGCCGAUACAAGCGGUACGAGAUGAUGCGCAUCCAAGGCUCCGCGCGUACUUUGAAGAACCCAGGUGGCCGUGAAUUUGAUGUCGAAGCCGGCAAGAUCGUCUGGUCCAUGGAAGAGAACAAUGUACAGCGAUCCGGUCUGCCACGCGAGUUCACCUUUGUCAUGUUAAUCCAGAAACCCACUGCAAAUAGCAAAAUUUCCCUGUCGAUCGACGUCGACCCCGUCAUCGACGCGAUGAUUGGCAGUUACCCAUCCUUGAUGCUGAAACUGCCCGAGUACCAACCUUUGCCGCGACGGGGUGUCGAUUUCCAACAAGAAGUUGGACAGCGGUUUGAGCCCGUGGACCCGGUGCGCGGGUUCAAUUUUGCAGAACUAGAUAGCAUGUUCGAUGAGUACAUUGCGAUGCCAGGAAGAAAGUUCAGCCGUCAGAUCCAAAUACCAACAGAGACCGGCAUCCCCGACAAUCACUUUCAGGGCACCUACCCAGGCCAGUACGGGCCUCUCAAUCCAAUCCCGUACCAACAGCAACAGCAACAGCAAGCCCACAACCUAACCCUCCAGAAUAACAGCCUCUCCCUGCAGAACAACCUCCUACAGACAACCCUACAAAACCUCUGCAUCACCCAGCCGAGGGGGAAGAAACCCAAUCCCGCCCUCAGCAGGUAA